AUGGUGUUAGCAAGACAAAGAUUUUCAAUGGGUAAAGAAGACCCAGAAAUCGCCGAAAACAGAAAUACAGUAGUUGCUCCUCCAAGAAAGAGCGUUAUUGAAUCAGUCGAUCAGUGGGCUUUUCUGGAUGAAAUCGAAGCUCCCAUGUGGGCUGACUUUGUGGCAGCAAUGGUUUUACUUCCACAUCCAGAUUUAAAAUUUUUGCCUCUUGAUCUUGAGACCGAUCAUGGAAGCUUUGGAGAAGAUGUUUUGUUUGUAUUCCCCUCGCCAACACGAGAAAAUGCAGAAAUUAACUGUCGGGAAGAACUUUGCAUUGAACUGCAAAUUUUAGAGGCAAUGUUGGAGAAAAUAGAUGAGCAAGAAGAUUUCAAGCUGUUUGGGACCACAAAUUCUCGAGAACCUGAAAAUGCACUAGAAAUACUUGAGCAAAGGGAGCAAAAGCUCUUAUUUUAUGAAUUGGGAAGAGCAAGCAACUUGCGUAAAAGUUUACCUUGGGAUAGUGCUUUUUUCACCAGUGCAGGAGUUCUAGAUCCAGAAGAGUUGUUUAUUAUAAAUAAAGGAUUUGAGAAGGCUGAAGCUCACCUAUUACCCGUAAUUCAAGAAGAUCUGUGUAGGUGGAGAUAUGUAGACUCAAAAUCUACAUUAGAUAGUGAUGACUUCUCUUUGGACCGCAACCAAAGCACUGAGGUUGAUCUAUUUGAAGAAAUAAGAGCAUCCAUUGAGAAAUCCAAUAUAAUGUCCAAUAUUUGCAAGUCAGUUUGCAAAUCAGGAGUUGGAGAAGCCCACAAACAGGAAACCCACUCCUUGAAAAAACUUGAUGACAUCUCUCGAAAUAGGGUGAAAUCCACACCAACUCCUAGAAGGCAAAGCGUCUUUAUGCAAGGAUCAAAAAGAGUUAAGGAGGUUGUCCAUCCACAAAUCUUCCAGGAUGCUGAAAAGAAUGGUGAAUCUAAUUCAUUUCCUCAUAAGUCACCCAAGAUAUUAGACAUAGACAUUGGUGCCAAUCAGAGGUGA